UGUCAAGUUGGAGCAAGCUGGAGCAAGCAAGCGAUUUACUGAUAGUCACAGAGUAGUUUUUUUUUUGUGAAUAGUAUAUUUAUUAAUUGAUUGCUCGAGGAAUUUUGGUUUAUAAUUUCAAAGAUGUAUAAGGGCAUGGUUAGUUUAGUAACCGGCGGCGCUUCUGGACUGGGUAAAGCUACUGCGGAGAGGUUCGUCAAGAAUGGUGGGAAGGUUGUCAUCCUAGACCUGCAAGCCACGAGGGCCCAGGAGGUGGCGAAACGCCUUGGAAACAAUGUUGCCGUGUCCGCCGGUUGUGUUACAUCAGAAGAGGACGUGAAGAAGGCAUUGGACCUGGUACAUGACAAGUUCGGUCGUCUGGACACGCUAGUCAAUUGUGCAGGGCAUGCCGCUACUUACCAAGUUUACAACUUUCUCAAAAACAAAGAAUGCGUUUUGGAUGGUUUUGUCAAAUGUGUAAAUGUUAACACGAUAGGCACAUUCAAUACAAUCCGGUUAGCGGCGGGGAUGAUGGGCAAAAAUACGCCGGAUGAGAAUGGGCAACGCGGGGUUAUAGUGAACACUGCAUCGACGAUAGCCUACGAGGGUGAUAUAGGACAGGCGGCCUACGCAGCCUCCACCGCUGCUGUUAUUGGAAUGACCCUCCCCAUAGCCAGAGACCUCGCUCCCCAGGGCAUAAGAGUCGUCACAAUAGCACCAGGUAUAUUCGACACACCACUAUUAUCAUAUCUCCCGGAGAAGAUGAUAGAAUUCAUAAAGCGAAUGACUCCCUUCCCCUCGAGACUUGGCAAGCCUGAAGAGUUUGCGCACCUGGUCACCAGUGUAAUAGAGAAUCCAAUGUUGAACGGAGAAGUAAUAAGAUUAGAUGGUGCACAGAGAUGGUUCCCUCUAUAGGAAAUACGUUUGUAAGAAUCUAUAGGCUGUUAAUUAUAUUAAAUGUUGUAGGUAA